AACAAGGUCAAAAAUGGCGCUGCUUUUUGAUUGAACAAUUUCCAACGCGGCAGUCUACAACUAGCCUAGAAAAAAACUGCCACAAAGUCCUGUUUUUCAUUCAUUUUCUUUAUGGUGACUUAUCAUCUAUCUGUCUUUAGCGUGCUUUAAUUUAAUUUCUUCCAUCCUUCCUAUUUUUUGAAUGCCUGUGAAGAUUAACUCGAGUCAUGGCUGACGAAAACAUUAUUCUCGAUACAGAUACCGUGCGCAAGAAACCGCAAGACACAGCAGAUGACCUGAAAUUCCAUGAUUUUACAGAUUCCCAGUUGCUGGAUGACAUUGGAGAUGAGGAAGGACAAACUAUCACAUUCACCAACCACCCGAGUGACAAUGAGGAGGAAGGUGACGACACAGAGCUCCUUUCUGGCCAGAAGAAACAACAUUCCUUCUGGACCUUUGAGUACUACCAACAGUUCUUUGACGUUGAUACGUCGCAGGUUUUGUGGAGACUCCUGGGUUCCUUUGUGCCCAAACCAACGACCAACUACCUGCAGACACAGAUAAGACCCAACCCUGAUCUCUAUGGUCCCUUCUGGGUGUGUGCAACGCUGGUCUUCACCAUUGCGAUCAGCGGAGACAUGGCCGACUACAUCGCACACCGCAACCAGGCACCCUACCCAUGGCAUGCACAUUUCUCUAAUGUGACCACAGCCGGUGUGGUGAUCUUUCUGUACGCUUGGCUGGUUCCCGCUGCCUUCUAUGCAUUCCUACACUGGCGUGGCAACCAUGCAGGGUACACGUUUCUUGAGUUGGCCUGUCUCUACGGUUACUCUUUCACGAUCUACAUUCCAAUUUCGCUGUUGUGGUCCAUCAACUAUGACUGGCUGCGAUGGGUAUUGGUGGGCGUGGCCCUGGCUUUGUCCAGCACCGUCCUGCUGAUGUCUCUCUGGCCGGCGGUCAAGGGGGAGGACAUCAAGAUGGGUGUGCCGGCCAUGAUCCUGGUGUUCCUGCUCCAUGCUGCCUUGGCAGUCGGAUUCAAGCUGUACUUCUUUGAGUUUGCUACUCAUGCUGUGGACUUGGUGUCUACCCCUGCACCAAAUGCCACAGCAACUGUUCACAGAGCGACAGUGACGCACGCCCCAACGCAGAUGCCAAUCUCAGCGUCUCCAAAGCCAACCUGAACACUGAAGUUCCAAAAUCCAUCACAACUCUGGUAAAUUUCAAAGACCCCUAUAUAGAUCCGACAUAUGAUGUCACCUCUAUCGCGUGUUGCAUUCUGAAAGCCAAGUGUCGACUGGACGGCACUGUCGCUACCCUCUCAUGCAUAUUCAUAAUGUACAUGUACAGCAUCAUUCAAGGUGCAUAUUCUUGUUUUAAUAGACUGUCAUGGUGCAUGUUAAGUGCUGCUCGCUUUUGUAAAUUAUUUCAUACUCAAUUUUUUGGAUUAUUUAUU